AUGGCGCCCAAAGCUGCUGUUCCCAGGGCUUCAGAGCAAGCGGUUCCUGGUGACAUCUUCCAGCUGACUCACAGCUUUCUAAGCGGUGUUGCUGUGUUUGAGCCGAGAGGGAUCAGCGAGGAUCAAACAUGCGUGAAGCGCCGCCUUGGUCAUAAGGACCCUCUUUCUCUGGAGAGUUUUGAGUCGAUGGUAGAAGAGGGGCCGAACAGCGACAUUGAGAGCAUAUCUGGCUCGGAAAGUGAGGACGAAGCUGAAAGAAGCGGGGCAAAGAUUGAUGCCAGCAGAGAAGGGCCCACAACCUCGAGUACUGAUGCCAAGAAGCCGAGCAUGACACCAUCUGAGGGGGGCAGCGGGGGGAUCAAGAGCCCAACCGAGCUGGGGGAAAAGAAUCCGUCCACCAGCGAUCCCAAAGAGGUCACUAGGUACCGCAAAAUGACUCGGGCUGAUUUUCCAAGGAGGUGGCCCCGCAACCUGCCGUUCGAGGACGAGGCGGAGUACGACAAGUACGUCGCGAAGUUCAUUGGAGUGGAAUUUCCCAUGACAGACAAGAAGAAUGAAGAGGCUAGGAAGGUUGGCUUUCGGGACCGCGUACACGAGCUGGCUAUGCGACUCCUUGAUGAAAGGUAAUGCUGUCUACACAGGACCAGCGUGAGAGAAUGCAAGAUGGCUUUUGCUUGUGGGCAUCUUAACCUUGUGCGGAGUAGUCUGUAACUUGAAUCGACCAAUAGACAUCUUGAGUGGUUGUUGGCAUUUGAUGCCGCAUACAAGCCUUUCAAAGAUUUAGUUUGAAGUGUACAUUUUGAAAGUUUACUAAGAUGCAAAAAAUGUACAUAUUGAUCUUUACAAAGAUGCAAAUCUUGUAACAGUCGAGACAUACUGCUAGGCUGAUCUCAAUUAGCUAAACGCGUAGACCUCGUUACUUCAUGAGCCUUAGAGCAAUUUAGGUCACUGGGUAGCCUAUCAGUUGACCCGCAGCAAACCUAGCCCCCCGCCCCAAUCUGUACAGCUUCCGGUCAGUGGUUGUGUAGGAUUCCCUGCAAUUGGAUGCAUGGAAGCUCGUGCCUAACUACUGACGUUAGUGAUGAAUAAUCACAAUACUGAUGUACCAAUCAACCUGCCGCGGCCGCCCG